CGCGGAGCCCGGUGGGAAGCGCGGGGCGGCCCGCUGGGGUCGCGGGCUGGCUUUCUGGAAGAAGAAAUUGACUAAAUGAAAAACAUGAAGUCAAAUAGAAUUAGAAUCCCACUUGCUAUUAUUUCAAGUCAGGGACGUAAAAGUAUACCAGUGCUGUCUUUCCCCAGUGAUAUCCUGGGUUUUACUACUGGAAACACCCCAUUUUUCUAAUACUCAUUAUGUCCGGAGGGAAAUCUCCUGUGAAGAAAAAAGCUCGUAGAAGUUUAUCAAUCAGUAAAACUAAAAAAAAUGAGUGUAACUCUAUUAUUUCGUUUUUUAACAAUGUCCCACCUGCUAAACUUGCCUGCCCCAUUUGUAGUAAAAUGGUGCCGAGAUACGACUUAAACCGGCAUCUUGAUGAAAAGUGUGCUAACAAUGAUGACAUUGCCCCAGUUGAUCUGAGGCAUGUUGGCUUAGAGAAUUCAAAUGGGUCCCCAGUAAAUUUAACCAAUUGUGUCUUAGAAAAUGUAACGCCAGAAAAGUUGUCACCAUCAAAGACAAGUUUAACCCCUGAGCAAAGUGAUUCAGCAAAAAUGGGCAUAAAACAGACCAGCCCCUACUUUAAAAAUAAUAAUGACUUGGCAUGCAAAAGUCCAGAUAAGCUGAGACAUCAUAAUGUGAAAGUCAUUACUUUGGGAAGCCUAUCAUCUAAAUUGUCCAGAAGAUACAUAGAGGCUAAAAGAUCAAUAUGUAAGGGGAAUGAAGAAUUUGCCAGUAAGAGUCCACAGAGUCCCUCAUCCACAGUGGUUAGGAGCCCAGUUGAUAAGUGUUCAGAGACUGAGGACAAGGAUCAAAUUUUAGAGAACAGUUCUCAAAAGGAAAACGUGUUUACCUGUGACUCUCUUAAGGAACAGAGAACUUCUGAACAUACUGUAGAAGGCACUAAAGUACUGGAAGCUGAAAGCCAAAAGGCUACCCGGGAAUGUGGGAGAUCACCCCUCACCCCUGCCUUCUCAGAUAACGCUUCUGUGUUAUUUUCACCAAAUUUAACUCCUGGGAAUCCAUUGAGAUCUACUUCAGAGGACAGUCUUGAGUGGGAGACUAUCACAGGAAUAGAUGGUAAAGAUGUUGAAAAAUGUGAGGCAGGUAGUUGUGAAGAAGUAAAAAUGACUGUUGCUUCAGAUGCUAAAACACAGUUGUCAGAUUGGGAGGCAAAAUCUCAUAGUUCUACACAUGAUGAUUCUAAAGGUUGUAACAUCCAGGACCUUCUGGAAGGUGACAGUGACUUAAAGAAUGAAAUCACUUGCAGAAUUCCUUCGGAGCAGGGGUCAAGCUGUGAUGUUCCUGAUAGAACAAUUACAGUACCACCAAGUCAUCCUUACUACCUUCAGAGUUUCCUGGUGGUGCUGAAAGCUGUAUUUGAGAACGAAGAGGAUAGGAUGCUCUUCGAUGAACAUGAGCAGGAAAUUGUAACUAAAUUUUAUCAGUUAUCAGCUAGUGGUCAGAAGUUAUAUGUAAGACUUUUUCAACGUAAAUUUGGCUGGAUUAAGAUGAAUAAAUUGGAAUACGAAGAGAUUGCCUCUGACCUAACACCUGUGAUUGGAGAAUUGCAGCAAGCAGGCUUUCUGCAGACAGAGUCUGAGUUGCAAGAACUCUCUGAAGUGCUUGAACUGCUUUCUGCUCCUGAACUAAAAACCCUGGCGAAGACCUUCCACUUGGUGAAUCCCAACGGACAGAAACAGCGGCUGGUGGACACCUUUCUCAAAUUGGCCAAACAGCCUUCAGUUUGCAUGUGGGGCAAGAAUCAGCCUGGAAUCGGUGCAGUGAUUUUAAAAAGAGCUAAAGCCUUGGCGGGACAGUCACUGCGAGUCUGUAAAGGUCCUCGAGCUGUUUUCUCCCGGGUCUUGCUGCUGUUUACAUUGACGGACUCGCUGGAAGAUGAGGAAGCCGCCUGUGGUGGUCAGGGGCAGCUUUUUCCUGUGCUGUUGGUCAGUCUUGGCCGGAUGGAGUUUCCUAGAUACACCAUCAAUCGGAAAACCCAAAUCUUCCAAGACAGAGACGAUCUCAUCAGAUACGCAGCCGCCGCACACAUGCUGAGUGACAUUUCUACCGCGAUGGCCAAUGGGAACUGGAAAGAAGCUCACGAGCUCUCUCAGUGUGCAAAAAGUGAUUGGAACAAACUGAAAAGCCACCCUUCCUUGAGAUACCAUGAGAAUUUACCACUCUUUCUGCGCUGUUUUACUGUUGGGUGGAUUUAUACACGGAUUUUGUCUCGGACUGUUGAAAUAUUGCAGCGACUUCACAUGUAUGAGGAAGCAGUCAAGGAGCUUGAAAGCCUCUUGUCCCAGAGAGUGUAUUGUCCUGACAGCAGAGGCCGGUGGUGGGAUAGACUGGCACUCAACUUACACCAGCACUUGAAACGCCUUGAACCGGCUAUCAAGUGCAUCGCAGAAGGGCUGGCAGAUCCAGAAGUCCGAACGGGACACCGUCUCUCACUGUACCAGAGAGCUCUGCGCCUGAGAGAGUCUCCGAACUGUCAGAAGUACAGGCACCUCUUCCAUCAGCUACCAGAAAUAACUGUGGAUGACGUUAAACAUGUGACCAUCACGGGCCGGCUGUGCCCGCAGCGUGGGACGGGCAAGUCCGUGUUUGUGCUGGAGGCUGGGGGGCCUGCCGCCCCCGCCACAGUCCUGUGCUCUGUGGAGGAGGUGGCGCUGGCCUACUACAGACGCAGCGGCUUCGACCAGGGGAUUCAUGGGGAAGGGUCCACCUUCAGCACGCUGUAUGGCCUCCUCCUGUGGGAUAUCAUCUUCAUGGACGGGAUACCAGACGUCUUCAGAAACGCCUACCAGGCCUUCCCGCUGGACUUGUGCACGGACGGCUUCUGCACCAGCCGGCGGCCGGCCGUGGAGGCCCGGCUGCGGCGGAUUCACAGCGCGCCCGCGGAGAGCCUGCGGGCCUGGGUGGCAGCCGCGUGGCAGGCCCAGCAGGGCAGAGUGGCUUCCCUCGUCAGCUGGGAUCGCUUUGCUUCUCUUCAGCAAGCUCAGGAUCUCGUUUCCUGCUUGGGCGGCCCCAUCCUCAGCGGUGUGUGCCGGCGCCUGGCUGUGGACUUCCGACACUGCCGAGGGGGCCUCCCUGACCUGGUGGUGUGGGACUCCCGGAGUCGUCGCUGUAAGCUGGUGGAAGUUAAAGGCCCCAGUGAUCGUCUUUCACAUAAGCAAAUGCUCUGGUUGGAUGAACUGCAGAAGUUGGGGGCCGACGUAGAAGUCUGCCACGUGGUUGCUGUUGGAGCUAAGAGCAAAAACCUCACCUAAGAGCUGUCGAGUUGGGGGUGUCUGGUGACACAUGGAUUGAUUUUCAAAAGCAUAAAGCAUCAUUACAUUUUAUUUAACUUUGUUAUGUCAGUAAUAAACCUGAGAGUUUAAGACUCAUCAUUGUACAGUGUCUGUGUGUCAUAAAACUU